AUGACUCUAUUAGUCGGAGUAUAUUUUCAUCUAGCAUCGCGUAUUCGCAUCCGAGCAGCUUUUCUUCACCUUGCCGAUGGAGUCAAGGCACGAUAUGAGAGUAAACGUGCUUUAGCUGGGCAGCUGCGUUGGAUUUCUGCUAUUAUGCCUACUGAGGUGCGCAAUGAGUACUGGAGCGAGCGUCAAAAGUAUCAUGAUUUGCAAGAUUCAAAGAUGUGGGUAUAUUGUAAGGUUUUUGACGAUGUUUCAAUUCUAUUCGCAGAUAUAGUCGGCUUCACAAAAAUGAGUUCAAAUAAGACAGCUAACAAGGUAGUGCUAUUGUUAAAUGAUCUUUUCAACCGAUUUGACGACCUUUGUCAGAAGACUAAAUGCGAGAAAAUCGGUACUCUAGGAGAUUGUUACUAUUGCGUGGCUGGAUGCCCUACACCAAGAUCUGAUCACGCUGUAUGCUGUGUAGAAAUGGGUUUAGGAAUGUGCCGCAUAAUUAAACGCUUCAAUUUAGAUCACGGUGAGGAAGUAAAUAUGCGAGUUGGAAUUCACACCGGCCGA